AUGGCCCAUGGGUCACAGACUCAGCCUCCUCACUUUUCCGGGCUCAAUGGAUCUGUCAGCAGCAGUAUGACCCUGAGCUUUCUGAGCGACAGGGGAAUCGGCUGGCUGUAUUUAGAGGGACUAUCAGUGGACACCCAAAAGGACGUUCAGCCUCCGAAGCAGCAGCCAAUGAUAUAUAUCUGCGGAGAAUGUCACACAGAAAAUGAGAUAAAAUCCAGGGAUCCAAUCAGAUGCAGAGAAUGUGGAUACAGAAUAAUGUACAAGAAAAGGACUAAAAGAUUGGUGGUUUUUGAUGCUCAAUGAAACAUGGA